CGUUAAUGUGGUUUCGAGUGUGUCUUUGAGGAAGUCCAUUCAUGAUGCUGCUGUGAGACAACUUCCACCAUAAUUGAGGAGGAGGACAUCUACCGUGUCCCCGCUGACAGGAUGUUACUGAAGGUGCUGCUGGUCGUCCUGUGUGGCGUCCCAGCCUCGGUCUCCGGCGGCUCCGAGGCUCAGCAGGGGCCUCUGCCGCUGCUGAUGGUGUCGUUCGACGGGUUCCGGGCAGACUACCUGCAGAGGUUCCCCAUGCCGAACCUCAAGCUCCUGUACAGCCAGGGGGUCCUGGUGGAGCAGAUCACCAACGUCUUCAUCACCAAGACCUUUCCCAACCACUACACCCUGGUGACAGGGCUGUACGCUGAGUCCCAUGGUAUCCUGGCCAGUCACAUGUAUGACCCCGUCAGCCACAAGUACUUCCACGCCGGCCAGGGCGUGGACCCGAUGUGGUGGAGCAAAGCUCAGCCCCUGUGGAUCACGGCGCUGGACUCCGGCUACAAGACGGCGGCCAUGAUGUGGCCCGGCUCCGACGUUCUCAUCAGCAACCGCACAGCGACACACUUCCUGCCCUAUGACGUUAGCGUGACAUUCCGGCAGCGGAUAGGGAACGUGACAAAGUGGCUGCUGGGAAAUGGAAAGGAACCGGGAGUGAAGUUCGCAGCUCUCUACUGGGAGGAGCCGGACUCGUCGGGACACAAAUACGGGCCAGACGACACCGCCGCCAUGAGCAAAGUGCUGAAAGAGGUUGACGACAACAUCGGCCUGCUGGUGUCCAAGCUGAAGUCCACCGGCCUCUGGGGUCGAAUCAACAUCGUGAUAACCAGCGACCACGGAAUGGCUCAGCUGUCGGCCAAGCGCAUCAUACGUCUGGACGACUGCAUCCACCCGGACGAGUACACGCUGGUGGACAGCUCCCCCGUCGCAGCCAUCCUCCCACAUGAAGAUUCAAAGACAAUCUUCUCUCGGCUGAGUACGUGCCACCCCCACAUGACAGCCUAUCUGAAGAGGGACAUCCCUGAUAGGCUGCACUACCGCAACAACGAACGCAUUCAGCCAAUCAUACUGGUUGCUGAUGAAGGCUGGACCAUCGUGCAGCGAGGGAACACGCUGUCCAAAAUGGGCGAUCACGGCUACGACAACUCCCUACCCAGCAUGCACCCCUUCAUGGUAGCGGCAGGGCCCAGCUUCCGUGAAGGUUAUCGAAUCAGCAGUUUAAGGAGCGUGGACAUUUACCCUCUCAUGUGCCAUCUGCUGUCGGUGCCCCCCCAGCCCAACAACGGCAGCCUGAGCCAAGCUCGCUGCCUACUGGCCGCUGAGGCCUGUGGGAACCUCUCCCUGGGGAUCAGCCUGGUGCUGGGCAUCUUACUGGUCCUCGCCACAGUCAUUCUUAUUUUCAGGUGGAGGCGAAAACACUGGCAGUCGCGCUCCCGAGCUUUCCAGAGGCUGCAGAUGGACGACGAUGUAGAACCCCUGUUUGAGUAAACCAGUCAGACCCGAGCGUCACAGACUGGUCUGCGUCACCUAGUUGAGCUCCAAUAGGUACUUGCACUUAACCCACUCAGCCGCCGCCCUAGAUUUCACACUGGCAUGGGUGCACUGCAUGAAUGUGCACACACAAACAUGCAGGAGAAGGAGCUGCUGUUUCUGAAGCCUUCAGUAUGAAGCUGUAUUCAGAAAGCUUUCAUGCACAAAGAGGUUUUACUACUGACCAAAUUUUAAAGAAUUUAUCCUUUAAACUACAAACCACAUGUGUUCUCCCACCGCUGUGUCUUUGCCUGCACUGUAAAAGAGGCAUUCUAAGUUACUGGUCAUCUGUCAGUAGAUUCUAAGUAAAGAUGGCGACCACCACUUUCACAUUUCUCUACAAAGAUGAAGCCAAAAUAUCCCAAGUACAGAUACUUUAAUUCUUUUAAUUUCAAAUACAUUAAGUAUUAAAUUAACCAGCAAAUAAACAGAGAGUAUCAGCAUUUGUAGCCCUGUUUUAAAGAGCACUAUUCUUGUACUACUAAAAGUAGUAAUUUUAGGCUAGUACUAUGUUAGUACUACUUAUAGGCCACUUUUAAAUGGGCUAUUCCUGAUUCAUUUAUAGUUAAAAUAGCCUUUUCAUAAUCACGUCAUGUCCUAAAGGAGAUUAACUUCAUGAUUAGGCUUAUUGGUAUCACGUCCAUUCCAUCCAAGAGAUAUUUAUAUAUUUUAUGUAUAUGUAGUAUGUGAUUGGUUAUUUAACAUAUUUGGGAUCAGACCCCUUUUAAAGAGUAGGUCACAACAAACCAGCAAGUUCUGAGUUUCCACAACUCCUUAGUAGAAAUCGUUCUGAGGGGAUGUUUGUGCCUACGCCCCCGGAUGUGAAGUUGUACAAACAGCUGUAGGACAGAAUGGUGAAUACUACUGGUGGUUAUUUAAUUGUUCAUAAUGUUACUGCUGUAAGAAAACAAUCGUUUUACGAGAGACUUGAACCUGUGACGGGGAACCAGGGGUGUUCUGAGGAAAACUCUUU